AUGGCUCCUGCUGAGAACAUGAGUGUUCUCUCUACUGCAGAUCGCUGUCCCAACUGCAGCUCCUCCACCCACCCAGAGGUGGAUGUUACCAAGGUGGUGGUUCUGGGGAUGGUGCUGGUGGUGUUUGCAGUGUUCGGGGUCCUCGGUAACAUCCUAGUCAUCCUGUCAGUGUUGUUCCACCACCACUGGCGCUCUGUGACACAUUACUUCAUUGCCAAUCUGGCAGCAGCAGACCUUUUGCUCAGCUCCGCCGUCCUGCCCUUCUCUGCCACCUCCGAGGCUCUGGGCAGAUGGGUGUUCGGCCGCUCCUUCUGCAGCGUCUGGGCCGCUCUGGACGUGCUCUGCUGCACUGCCUCAAUCCUCAGCUUGUGUGUGAUCUCUAUCGACCGCUACCUGGCUGUCAGCUACCCUCUGCGUUACCCUUCUAUAGCUACGGGACGGCGAGGCCUGACAGCGGUGGCUGCUCUCUGGGGACUCUCGGCAGCCAUAUCUGUGGGCCCUCUGUUUGGCUGGAAGGAGCCCGACCCGGAGGAUGAGACGGUGUGCCGAAUCACAGAGGAGCCCGGCUACGCCUUGUUCUCAGCAUUAGGAUCUUUUUACAUACCUCUGGCCAUCAUCCUGGCCAUGUACUGCCGUGUGUAUACCGUGGUGAAGAGGGAGACAAAUACCAUCAGGAGGGGCAGUAAGGGGGAAGGGGUUGAGACUGAGGGGGUGGUGCUGAGGAUACACAGAGGAAACGCUGCUCAGACGGGGAAGCAGGAGGAUGACGAGGGGAGCGAGAGGCAUAAACGCUCCACCUUUUCCCUGCAGCGGCUACUGAAGCUCUCCAAAGAAGAGAAGGCAGCCAAGACUCUUGGCAUUGUUGUCGGGUGCUUCGUUCUCUGCUGGCUCCCUUUCUUCCUGGUCUUACCCAUCGGAUCCAUCUUCCCAUCCUGUAAGCCCCCUGAAAUCAUCUUUAAAAUAACCUUCUGGCUGGGUUACCUCAACAGUUGCAUUAACCCCGUUAUCUACCCGUGCUUCAGUCGGGAGUUCAAGAAGGCCUUCCACAACGUGCUCCGCGGUCACUGCCUGAGAACUGCCAAACCUCAAGGACACACCACCACCUAUAUCUCCAGUUCAGUCCCCACAUCUAAUUCCUCUUAUCCCUCAGCCCAAGACAGUGCCACUGUUUCCUCAUGGUGUUGCUGCAGGGCCCUGACAGCGUCCUCGCCAUCUGUCGGCGAUCCAGAUCAGGCUCAAAGUGCACAAAUCCAGAGUAAGAGUCUGCUGAAGGUGUGGUGUUUCUCAGCAAGUCGAACUCCAGUGCCGCAGAAUUCCUCCACUCACGGGUCAGCUAAGGUCUUGCGUCUUUCUCUUGGGGUUAAAGGAGAGGCUGUUUGA